UUUCCCUUGGGUUUCAAGGUCUCUCUCUGACUCUCUUCCAUGGUCCAGACCUCAUCAUGGGGAAGUCACCGGGAAAAUGGAUCAAAACUGUGCUAUUUGGGAAAAAGUCAUCCAAAUCCAAUAUUUCAAAAGCAAGAGAGAAACUUGUUAAACAGAAAGAAGCGCCAAUUGCUUCCAAGGCAUCAGAAACUGAGUUCUCUUUUGAUCCAACUCCCACUACUUUUGCUAGAAGUGAGAGGGAUCUAGGAGUGGAAAAUAAUGGAUCAGAAAAUCUUUUGCUGCAGAAUCAAGCAGAUAUUGCAGGAUCUGAUCAUCAAGAUGCCCCUUCCGAUCCAGAGAGAAUUAUGCAGGAUGAAUCUGCAACAAAGGUGCAGGCUACUUUACCGCCUGAUCUAGACAAAAUUAAGCAGGAGGAAGCUGCAAUUAAGAUGCAGGCUACUUUACCUCCUGAUCUAGACAAAAUUAAGCAGGAGGAAGCUGUAAUGAAGGUGCAAGCUACUUUCAGGGGUUAUUUGGCUCGCAGGGCUUUCAGGACUCUUAAAGGCAUAAUAAGGUUGCAAGCACUUGUCCGAGGGCACCUGGUUAGGAGGCAAGCUAUUUCUACUUUAUGUUGCAUGUAUGGGAUUAUCAAGUUACAAGCACUUCUUCGUGGCCGAAGAGUUAGGCAUUCUAAUGUUGGACGUGAAAUGCAUGGGAAGUGCAAUCUUGUGAAGCCUCUGGUUGACAAGUGUGGCAACUCAGUUGGGUUAACCACAAAAAUUGCAAAUACGUCACCGAAUGUUUUUAUCCACAAGCUUCUUGCUUCAUCAACUGCAAAAACUGCUUCGCGUCUUCAAUACGCAUCUGGGGAUCAAAAUGUAGUCCUAAGUUGGUUGGAGCGCUGGUCAGCAUCUCACUUUUGGAAACCAGUUCCCAAACCCAAGAAACUCAUAGACUCUAAAUCUCAGAGAAAGCUGGGUAAUAUUUCAAAUGGAGAUGCUCAGAUGAGCAAACCAAAACGUGCUAACUGGAAGAUUCCUUCUACAAGUUUAGACUUGGUCUUAAUGCGAGAAAAUUCUGAUUUUGAGAAGCCAAAACGAAACCUGAGAAAAGUUUCAAGCAAGCCCACAGAUCCAGUGCAGGAAAGUUCAGAAAAUGAGUUUGAGAAGGUUAAGCGUAACUUGAGAAAGGUUGGUAACCCUGUUGUAGAGAAUUCUGCUCAGUCAGAAGUUGAAUCAGAGAUUGCGAAGCAGCAUCCGGAAGAGGAAGCAGUUACCUCAGGCUAUGGUGUUUCAGAAGACGGGAUCAAAAGCUGUUCCAAUGAGAAGAUAAAAAUGGACACAGCAUUGGCCAUGUCCAAUGAGCCUAACGGAGUAGUUACACUUAGAAUUUCAGUUGGCAAGGAGGCGUCUAACAUUCCUGAUACUCAAGUGCCCAUCAAUUCGGCACCCUUGAGAGAGAAUACAAGUAGAUGGAAAAACAAUUCUGGUGAAGAAGAUGCCAAAGUACUAAAAGAUCCACACGAGAGUUGUAAUGAUGAAAAUUCUCCCCUAAUAAAUGGGCAUUUGAGUCUUAAGGAAGAUUCAAUCAGAAAUGAAAACCAGAAAGCCGGUGGGAAAUCCCCAGCUCUAGCUAAGCAGGAACCUGUGGAGGAUGGUUUACAGAAUAGCCCAACUCCCACUUUACCAAGUUAUAUGGCGGCUACUGAAUCUGCCAAGGCAAAGUUGAGAGCACAAGGGUCCCCAAGGUUAGGACAAGAUGGUGGUGAGAGAAGCAACCUUACCAGGCGGCAUUCUCUGCCAUCUUCAAAUAACAGUAAAAUUAGUUCGCAUUCGCCAAGAACACAGAGACCAGCUCAAGCAGGAGGCAAAGUGGGACACAGGACUGACAGAGCAACAGGUUCUUCCAGAAGUGCUAAUGGAAAGUUAACUCAAGCAGAGUGGAGAAGGUGAUUUCAAGUAAUGAUUUUCUUGAGUUUAACAUGAGGAUAUGCUGAAACUUGCAGAGCUCGUGUAUCUAUCAUGAUAAUUGAUUAAUUGUUGAACUUCACAGAACUAUAGGAGAGGUGAAUUUGAUCGGCUUGUUUUUCCUUUUGGUGUAUUUGGGCUUUUGAGGGUGAUUUCUGCAUUAUUUGUGGUUCAAGUUUUUGAAAUGCUGCAACCCGAAAUUUAACUCCUUCAUGCCUUUUGAC